AUGGACUUGGCAUUUUCCGCGGACAAGAUCUUAAUAGACGUACUUAGACGGGAAGAUGAGCAGCAGCUACUGCAGGACAGUUGCUUAAUAGGCAACAACUACAACGGCAAGUACUUUGUUGCGCGGAUCACCGCGGUGCCGGUUCUAUUCAUCCUCUCGGGGUUGGGAUCAUUUGCUCCCUUGAUAGCCAUGCGCACCGACAAGUUCAAGAUCCCCAGCUGGGUCUUUUCCGCCAUCAAGUUCUUUGGCUCGGGUGUGAUUAUAGCCACGGGGUUUAUCCACUUGAUGGCCGAGCUGAGCCGGAAUUUGACCCACCCUUGCUUGGGCGCACCAUUUGUCGACUACCCGUUUGCCGAGGGCAUAGCUCUCAUUGCGCUAUACUUUAUCUUUUUCUUUGACGUUAUAUCGCAUCGGCGAUUGAACAAAAGUGCACUUGAAGCAUAUAACAAGAAAGUGUUGGAGAUGGAGAGUUCAUUUUCGAGCGUCAACACCGAUGAAAUCGAAACGAAAGACGAGACAAAUGAACAACAGACCGACAAGGAGAAGCAAAUCAAGCGUCAGAAAUUAAGCAUUCAAAAAUUUCAAUCGGUGUAUCAGAAAAUCUUGCAAUGCAUCAUCUUAGAAUGCGGUAUAGUCCUACACUCGUUAUUCGUGGGAUUAUCACUAGCCAUCGCCGGGGACGAGUUCAUCUCGCUUUACAUUGCAAUUGGAUUCCACCAGUUUUUCGAAGGCUUGGGGCUCGGCACGAGGUUCGCCACGACAGAGUGGCCCGAGGGCAAGAAAUACGUGCCGUGGCUCAUGUCGCUCGCGUACAGUUUCACUACCCCCUUUGCCUGUGGCAUGGGGCUAAUUGUACGCGACUCUUAUCCCGUGGGGUCAAGAACCGCCUUGAUAGUCACGGGGGUGUUUGACGCGUCGUGUGCUGGGAUAUUGAUCUAUAACAGCGUGGCGGAACUCAUGGCUUUUGACUUUAUAUAUUCAGGCGACUUUGACGACUUGUCCAUGAAACUGUUGCUGCUAAGUAUCUUGUCCUUGACUUUGGGAGCGUUUGCCAUGGCGAUAAUUGGCAAGUGGGCUUAG